GCAUGUGCCUACCUCGCCGAACCUUGCCUACACCUCGGAAACCACAAACAUUUCCCUUCCAUCCUCUAUUUCAACGUUUCCGUUAAUCUUCCAGCAUUGUAAACAGUCGCGUGACACUAUCAAACAUGAGCGACUCAGAUUCCAAUCCCGCCAUCCCAAGCUGGCAGAAGGCGCAAUCCGACGAGACCGAUAGCCAAAACACCGAACCGGCCCCGACACCGUCCGCGAGCAGCUCAACGUCAGAAGUUGAUGGGUCAGCGGUAGAAACAACAGCAGAAGAGACGUCGCAGCCGGAAAAUGCGACAGACGAUCCAGAAAGACUCGAGGUUGCGAGACGCUUUCUCGAGAAUGACGCUGUGCGACACGCGCCUCAUGAGAAGAAGGUCGAGUUCUUGAAGUCCAAAGGCAUUGACGAAGCCGAAAUACACGCGCUUCUUGGCCAAGACGAAUCCACAACAGAGACAGAGGUUUCUAUUACUUCUUAUAUUGCUCCCAAGUACUAUGCUGACAAUUUCAAGGCCCCAACCUUAGAAACAACCAAUUCUUAUGCUCCAACACCCACCGAAACUCUCCCGCCAACACCAGCUUCCCAUCCGCCCGUCGACCGACCCCCAGUCGUCACAUACCCUGAAUUCCUUGCGAAGGCACCCCGUCCUCCUCCUCUCGUUACAAAGGAGCGUCUUUUCAACGCCCUCUACGCAGUCACUGGCCUUUCCACCCUCAUCUAUGGCACAAGUCGUUACGUUAUUCGGCCUAUGGUUGACAGUCAGGCCGAAGCCCGUACAGAUUUCCACGACCUGACCUCGCGAAAACUCGAUGCCCUCGUCGCAAAGCUUGAAAAGACCGUCUCCGAGGUUCCUCCCAAGAAACCCAUCGCCGCAGUCGAGGAGGAGAGCGAUGCUGAAGACCCUACGGAGAUGUUCCACAGGGACAUGGGCACUCAAACCACAUUCCCCAUAAGCUCUGUGACAGCGAUGACAGACUCCAAGAAUAACGAGUCAGCUGCCAAGCAUAACACCAAUCAACUGGCUAGUUUGAACAAGACUCUUUCUGGCCUGAAGGAUGAAUACCGUUCCCAGAGCGAAGGCAUGGAUAAGAUCAAAACUGCUGUUGACGUGCUACGGGAUGACCUCGACACAAUGACGUACACUGCGUAUCCCGAUCACAGUACUGGCUAUGACUUGUACGGCCGCUCACGCAAGCCUGAGCCAGAUGAUGAAAUCCGCAAGGUGCGGGAUAACAUCCGGCGUGUGAAGGGAGUCUUGCUAAGCACGAGAAACUUCCCCGCCUCGGCACGAUGAUUUAUUUCUGAAACCAGGUUCUAAAAACGGCAAUUCAUAUCAUCUGUGUUGCUCUCGGGAAAGCUUUCAUAAUGUACAUUUAGUCUUUACAGUACUCCAUCGUCAUACAUAACCAUGUCAAUAUACCCCCUACACAUCCAUCCAUCAUGGUAUCACGUAGAAAUGAACCCCUCCAUGCGGCAUGCCCUAGUUAUUUGCCUCCUUGGCCCUCCGCUCUGAGCCCAUAUCAGGUCGCUCAGGGACUUCGAUUGAAUGUUUGGAGAAAAAGGCUGGCCACGGCAUAACCCUAAUAUGCUCGAAACCUCGGCCUUCUUGUACCUGCUCAUCGUACCAGUCCAGAGUUGGUCUGAAGACAAAAUUCAUCGUUCUUCCGCGGUAUCCCUCACUCCUUUUAUUUGCGCAAUGCAUAAAGAGGCGGUUUUUGCACUUGGUCGGCCGAUCCAUAUUCUUCCCACGAGGAGCAUGAAAAACAAUCUUCAGGUCCUCAUCUGCCGCAUCAUUUGUAUCCGUAGGUUCAUCAAUGUCCAUUGCCUCUGGAGAGGGUGGCCGUGAUCUGAUGGGCGCAUUCCCUGGUCUGACUUCCCUCCAUCCCUGAGAUAUCAUCACUGGCGGUACGGCUGGAAUAGAUGCCUUCAGAUUCCUCAUAAGAUGCUGAAGCUGGUGGAUAGUGAUAUCGACAGGGUCAAUAAGCCCCUGCGGAAUCACAUCUGGUCCCCCAAUCCAUACUUUCGCCAGCGGCAUUUUGUUGUGGGGCUCUUCAGCAAGCCGUAUCAUUUCGCGUUGUGCUUCAAUAAGUUCCCCAUCGUAAACGUAUGAAUCAUUGUCCGGCAUUUUCAUGACAGGGUCCCAUAUUAUCAACUCCAUUGCACGCCAUGGCUUCUUGAAUACCUCAAUAGGUCUGUAUACAGCAAUCCACGGCCGUUGGUUCUUGUUUGUGGCUUCUCGAUUGUCGCCGUACUUCCAGGAUCCUUCAAUCGUGUAGCAGAAGGCCACACCAGUAUUGAUAAAGGUGUGGCCAUGAAUCCUUUCAUUGAAAUAGCGAAGGCAUCUAUCGUAUGUUUCGAACUCGGGAAAAUCAUGUGCCAUAUCCAUAUUCCAGUAAGAGACGGGGCAAGUGAAGACUGCCUGGGGGCCCCAGUCCCUGUCCCGAAUAUUGUUUUCUAGUUUUCCUAGGAAGUGCUUGAACGAUACAGCGUCAUCGCGAGGGAUUAAUUGGAGUCUUUUCUGAGGUGUUCUCUCCACAGCUGAUUGAUUCUGCGCGACAAGGGAGGAGCCGGCAGGGUUAACUUUUCCCCAAACAUCACCUGGGUUACCCAAAGUUGAGGGAGUAUAUUGGGGGAUCCGGAUCUGGUGAGUGAGUCUCUGAAUGCCAGCAUUAGGGCUUGAUCCGAGCACGGUGAAAUGCCGAUACUGGUCCAAAUUCAAAAUAGACCACCACCCAAACCAGUUGACAAGACUCUGCUCAUCGUUGCCAUCAAUCGAAUCAGGCGCGAACACCAGAGCCGGUUGGUCAUCGUCCGAAGGUCCUGUUAUCUCUCUGACAUGUUGCAAGCACUUAAAAAGAGCAUCGAUUUCUUUCUCGGCUGUCGCUUUGUCCUCUUCACGUACUCGGAUACUCUCUAAAUGCGUCUCCCAGUCUUCCUUGACCCCAACAGCUACCUCGUGAACCCAAUUCUCAAACUCGGCACAUACGAUGAGCGUAAAAGCGCCGCGAUGUUGCAGCCAAUAUUUAUAGUUUGCAGAGUGACAUCCCCGAUCCGGGAUGGUUGGCC